AUGUACCAGUGUUCGACAUGCGUUGAACAUAGACAUAAUGGACAUGUGUCAGGCACCUACAUUGGAAACAUGUUGGGGUCCAACCUAUGUACUUGGAAUGGGAAUGGGAACGUGGUUCAAGCCGUCGCAAGAAAUCAUCAUGUGCCACAAGUUCUACUUAGUGGAUCCUUUGAUCAUACAGUAGUCAUGGUAAUGGAAAUGUUUUAUUGGAAGGAUGGAAGGAUACCUUCUCAUACAGGAUUUAAGUGGUCAGUUUCAGCAGAUGUUGAAACUGUAGCAUGGGAUCCACACACUGAGCAUUCAUUUGUGGACCAUGAUGGAUCACAUAUUAAAGGGCUGUUGAUUAAUUUUAUUCAUUCAUUUUGGCCAUCAUUGCUAAAAAUUCCUUCUUUCUUAGUUGAGUUCAUUACACCUAUUGUGAAGUUGAUGGUUGACAAUUUUCUAGUCUUUGGUGCAUUUUUAGCCUUCAAAAUAUUUCAUGGCAUUUUUCUAUACUUGUGGACCUCACGUUCCUAUUUUUUUUUCCUGAUUGAAGAACUUCAACACCUGAGGAAUAGUCUGCCAGAUCAAGUUGUUGUUCAGCACAUUGAAGAGAGAUUAUCUGCUCUAGGGAAUUGUAUAGCAUGCAAUGAUUACGUUGCUCUAACACACACUGAUCUUGACAAGGAAACUGAGGAGAUGAUUGCAAAUGUUCUUGGGGUAGAAGUUUUUAGGCAGACAAUUGCUGGUAACACUCUUGUGGGCAGCUAUUGUGCCUUCUCCAAUAACGGUGGCCUGGUCCAUCCUCAUACAUCCAUUGAAGACUUGGAUGAACUUUCAACCCUCCUUCAGGUCCCUUUGGUGGCAGGGACUAUGAACCGUGGUAGUGAAGUGAUAGCCGCUGGCUUGACAAUUAAUGACUGGACAGCGUUCUGUGGAUCAAAUACUACAGCAACAGAAUUGUCAGUCAUUGAGAGUGUCUUCAAGUUGCGAGAAGCCCAACCUAGUGCCAUUGUUGAUGAGAUGAGGAAAUCAUUGAUUGACAGCUAUGUUUGAGUCAUUAGUUUGAUACAUCAACAAUGCGUUGGACUCUUUUCUUGUAGUUGGAAGGCCUGAAGCACUUGCUCUUUGAAUUACUUUUCACCAUAAUUUUCUAUUUUUGCCUUGAGAAAUGAGCUAUAAAAUGCUGUCUUCUGGUAUAUAUCAACA